UACAAAGACAUCCUGUGAGUAUAUUUUCACAUUUAAAAAGCAGAGAGUUCUAAUGAAAAUUAAAAGGUCAGUUAAUUUCACAAGAAAUCCAUAUUGUUUCCAAAAGUUAACAAUUCAAAUGAGUUGAGCGAGAAUUACAGAGGGAUGGAACUGCCUGGCUUCAUGAACUACAGAAUGUUUCAGAAGAUUCUGCAGGACCAUGUGGCCAAACUUAAGGAUCCAGCCAUGAAUUUACUCAAUGCCAUAAAAGACCUCAUCAUCAAGCAAUUCACUGACGUGGUGAGUGAAUGUUUCCAGAACUAUCAUGUCCUUCAAAACACCACUAAGGACAAAAUCAACAACAUUCAGUUAACCCAACUAGAAAAGGCGGAGCAGAGAAUCUCAGAGCAGUUUGAAAUGGAAAACAGGAUCUACACUCAAGAUCCCAUUUUCCUGAAGAUCUUGAGUGAGAUUACAAACGAGACUUUUUCAGAAAAGGAGUUACCUGUCUUUGACAAAAAAUGCAAGUAUAGUCAAAUGCUGGAGGCGUAUUAUGAGAUUGUGGUGCAGCGGAUGGCUGACCAACUGCCCAUGAUGAUCACCUUUUACAUGUUGCAGGAGACUGCUCAGCUCCUGACUAUUGACACAAUGAAAUUACUGGAAAAGCCAGAUGUGCAUGAGCUCCUGUCUGAGGACUCUGAUGUCAGCAAAAAGCGCAAAGACCUAAGAGCUCGUCUGAAUCGUUUGACUUCUGCUACAAAAGCAAUUAGCAUUUUUUUUUUAUGACUAGAGGAUAUAUCUGAAAAUACAUCCAAUGUAUCUAAUGUUCAUUUUGUAAUGUAUCUGACAACUUCUAUCCAACCAUCCAUUUUCCACGCUUGUUCA